UAUACGCUGGAGCGUCGCCACGACAGCCGGUCGGCCCGGUGGCACCAUUUGGUUUGGACCGGUCCGGCCAAUAACACGCCGAGUUCUCCAUCUCUGUAGGAGGACACAGUGCUGCGACAGCGCUGAGAUAAGGAGCGGCAUGGCCGUCUGGUGGGUGUGUGCGCCGCUCUGCGGCCUGCUGCUGCUGGCCGCCCCCUCCGUCCAGCAGUACCAGUCGGACACGCCGUGUCUGGACGCCCGCAGUCGCCAGGGACCGACCGUCCCCGGACAGCGGUACCACGACUGUGACGCCGACGGACAGUUCCGGCCGCAGCAGUGUGUCGGCUCCGUCUGCUUCUGUGUUGAUACUCUGGGAGAGCAGAUGAAACAGUUCGAGGCCGUCGGCAGACACGAGGCGCACCUCGUCUCCUGCGCGUGCGCCCGUCAGAAGACGCUGCAGGCGGGCCGGCACGGCGGCCAGUCAGUGACCUGUGACCGGCACGGUAACUUUGCGCCCCGCCAGUGUGUCGGCUCCCAGUGUCACUGCGUGGACCCGCUGACCGGCCAGAGGCGCGACGAGCUCGGAUCGGUGCACGUCAGUCAGAUCGGCCAGCUCCGCUGCGGAGACGAGGGGACGGACCACGGCUCCACCGGGCAGUACGGUCCGCCGCAGCUGGACGGUGAGACGCGCUGCUGGGACGAGCUGCGCGCCCACGAACAGCGCAGCGCCGGCGGAGGUCUGCUGGGCGCCUCGCGGCCCGACUGUGACCGGCUCGGUCGGUACAAACCCACCCAGUGCCGCGGCUCCAAGUGUUACUGCGUCAAACCGGACGGCGAGCGGCUCACUCAGUAUGAGAUGGCGCCCCGCGAGAGGCCGCUCUAUUGCGGCUGCGCGCGUCGCGUGCACGAGAUCUCCGAGAGUGGUCUGGUGGGGGUCAUCCUCAGCUGUGACGAGCACGGCGACUACGACCCGCGCCAGUGUGUGGGCUCCGUGUGCCACUGCGCCGACACGGUCACCGGCGAGAAACACCGCGGCUCGGUAGAGGUGCCGAUUCACCGGUUCAGCACGCUCGACUGCUCGGCCCACGGUCACCGCCAGAAUGAGCGACCACCGCUCGGUAGCAACACGCCCUGCUGGGAUGAGCUGCGGCAGCAUGAAGAAAGGAGCGAGCCCCUGCUGGGCGCCGAGAAACCCAACUGUGACCGUACCGGCAGGUAUCACCCCAAACAGUGCAAG